GCUUAUGUAGUGGUCUUAAAGUCUAACAGCGGGCUGUUUUUGGACUCGGCCACAGUCAGUGUGGAUUAACGUCUUCGGCGUCACGGCGAGCCAGAGUGCAGUGGACGAGCUCGACUCCCUAAUUCAUACUCGGCUAGUGAAAGAAAGCGUUUUGGAGCACGCUGAGUAAAAUGAGUAAGCUGGAGCAGUUAAACGUGUUCCUGAGUGAGAGACUGUCCGCGGCGGUGAAUGAGAUCCUCGACACAGUGAGCAGGAUGAUGCAGGAGUACGAGGAGGAAACGGCUCGGAUACGCAAAGAGAACGAUUAUCUGAAGGAAAUGUUAAAGGUUACAGGAUGCAGUGUUACUGAAACAAGUCCGGGUGGGGCUCCUUCUGUGUCUCAUGGAAAACAAGACUGUAUCUCAAGCUUGGAGCAGGAAACGGAGCCCCAGGAGAGCCUGAGUCAACACCGAGCAGCAAAGAAAGAAAAUGCGAGCAUAAAAUCAGAAUAUCCCACCCCUCAGUACCCUGCACAUUCUGACUCCGAGUCUGAAACUAGGCCGACAGACAACACUGUGGAACCUCCCCAGUGCACCUCUCAGUUAAACUCGCACACUGUUGAUCAAGACAUAAUAGACUUUGAUUUUCCCAUAAAAGUUAAAGUCGAGUCAAUGAAUAUAGAGUCACAUUUAGGUGAUACCACGGACAAUAUGGAUGCCAGCAACCAGAGCUGGUCUCCACAGAACUGGGAUUUGUUUUCAGAGCGAAAUUAUCAGAAUAGAGUACAACAAGGAGCUGGUCUGCAUCCAUACAGCACUGAAGGUCCACGUUCUGCAGAAACCACGAUUCAGAACCAGCCUGUAGAGUUCCAAGCGGCUUUCAGCUACACAAACCGGACCAUAUGCAAUAACAGGCUGCACUGCACCAGCAGGCACUGUGAACUUCAGAAAAGGACCACGUCAAAGUCGAGCCCUGUGUGGCAGUAUUUCUCACUGAAAGAGGGUGAUUGUAGUAAGGCGGUGUGUCUGAUGUGCAAGGCAGUAAUAUCUCGUGGUGUUAAAGAGUACACAACAUCAGCACUGUUAAAACACCUCCGUAUGAAACAUGGCAAAUGUUGAUCUAUGAUGUUUUGUACUUUUCUACUCUUGACUCAGUAGUUAGGUUUACGAUUACAAAAAAACAACAACAAAAAAAACCAAAUAGGACAUUCUCUACAAAUGUAUGAAUGACACCAGUCUCUAAUGUAGCAAAUGAAAACUAUACUGACCAAAUUUGCAAAGCCACAUUCACUUGAUUUUGAUUGAUGAUGCAGACCUGAGCCUGCUAAAUACCUUCCCAUGGUUUUUACUGAGAUACAACUAUAGCAGAUAAAAAAAAACCUAAACAUGCACAAGAUUUGAGGUGCUUGCAUCAUUGGAUAUAUAUAUACAGAUGAGUGGCCAAUUAAAGGGAAAACACAUGACUUUGACUGUUAUGUUUUAGGAGCAUUUUGCUUGAAUAUUCUUCUGACUGAUCACCUUCAUCUAUGAGGAAAUAUUUCUUUCCUGAUAGGAGUGGGCAUGACCUUGCCCCCAUCCACAGUUCACAAGGGCCUACUGAAUGGUUUGAUGGGUAUGAAAAUAAAGCAAAUCAUAUGCCAUAGCCUUCCCGGGCACCAGAUAUCAACCCAGCUGAACACUUCCGGGGCAUUUUGGAGAGAUGUGUUAGAUAGCGCUCUUGACCACCAUCAUCAACACACCAAUUGAGAAUCUUUUGGAAGAGUGGUGUUCAACCCUAAGGUACAGUUCCAAAUAUGUGUAGAAUCAAAGGUACAUUGAAGCAGUUGUAGUAGCUCAUGUGGGACCCAACACCUUACUAAGGAUGUUUUCACACCUAGUUCGUUUGAGUCUUAAAAACGCUCUCGGAGCGGUUCAGCGUGUAUAUGUGAACAAACCAAGUGAUCUCAGACCCCCCCUGAAAGGACCCAAAACUAAACUGAAUACUGUUCGUUUGUGGGUCUGUUUGUGGUUUGAUUUGUUUGUGAUAUGUGAAAGCAAUGAGGUCCCGGAUCGCUUUGCGUUUCGUUUCGACAUGUGUGCCUGGAGGCUUGCCGUACCUCCAGCCAUGUUCCGUUACUGCUAAAAACAACACGAAACUUUUCAGCAUGUCAGAUCACACAUGUGUGGUCUCAGGGGGAGAGCUGUGCACUUCUUGAAAUUUACACACAUAAGAAUAUAAAAGUGUUUUUGUUUUCUCAAAAAAUGAAGGAAAGAGGCUAUAACAGAACAGCACUUCAAUGCAGGGUAAAAGUAAAAAAAAAAAAAAAAAGUGAUGACUCGACUGAAAUGAAGGAUUCCUGUCCCUUCUAUGACGACUUGGAUGAAAUUUUGGGUAUAAGCUGGGGUCUGAGUUCUUAUGAAGUUAUGGUGUGAACAAGAAAGGGUCUGAGAUCACUUCAUUGCUGAAGAGGAUCAAAAAACAGAACCAGGUUCUCUUUUGAGUCCACUAUAUUGUGAACACCAAAAGGACUGAGGUCACUUUGGGCUGCUUCCUUUCUGGUACACUUUAAGUGAACUGGGUUUGGUACUUUUAAAAUGAACUAUAUGUGAAAACCCCCUAUGACACUUUAUUAUUUUUUUUUUUAAUUUGUCACCAGCUCAUAGUUCCAACUUGGGUAUCUGAAGGGAUUGUUAGAAAUGUUCAUAUAGUAAAAAUGAUCUAGAAUAAUUUUUUUUCAGUAUCCUAGUCAGUAUUGGUACUUGGAUCAGAGAGGUUGUUCCUGGGUCGGAAUUGUUACUGAUAAAAUCCGUUAUCAAAACAUAUUUAAAAAGGUAAAAUAAUAGCUGCACUGUAUUUUUUUUUUUUUUUUUUUUUUUUUUUAAAAGAUGUUUGAACUACUCGGAAAGCGAUCAUGCUUGAACCUUGACCCAUGUUAUGUGGAUUUGAGCUGUGUUUUGUUUUCAUGGUAUUUUAAUAUGCUUUGGACUUUAUACUUCGUUAUUUCAGGAAUAAACUGCAGUCAUGUGGGAUGCAAACUUUUGCACACAA